AGUAAAAUAAUAAAUGUCAUCUGCGUUAUCUUCAAACAACCGAUUAGACGGAGGCGACCUCAGGUCGCCUCUCGUCUGUCCCGAGACGAACCUGAAAAAAAUAACGAUGGAUGAGAUGUUGGAGAAGUACUGUGGGGAGUUCGGGUUGUGGCAGCUGAGACAUCUCGUGUUAACCAGCUUGGCUUGGUUGCUAGAGGGGAUUCAUUCUAUGGUCAUGAUCUUCGCGGAUCGUGAACCAGCGUGGCACUAUUUGACGAGCCACGCUGGUACAACAAGCCGGUGUUCUUCAGAGCCCGGCUCGUGGGAAUGGACAGGUGGAACGGGAAGUUCUACGAUGUCUGAAUUCGGAUUAAUAUGCGGAGAAAAGUAUAAGGUUGGGCUUGUUCAAUCUAUAUUUUUUGCUGGCUGCAUGGUCGGUGCCGGAGUUACUGGACAUUUAUCAGAUUCGAAAUUUGGAAGGAAAGGCACCCUGGCAAUAAUUUGCAUUUUGAAUGCCAUUUUUGGUAUUCUAACUGCAUUCUCUUCUAACUACUGGACCUACGCCUUGUUCCGAUUUCUCUCCGGUUUCAGCACUGGCGGAAUCGGCCUUUGUGCUUCCAUUCUCUCUACUGAACCUGUUGGCCAAUCCUGGCGUGGCGUAGCUGGAAUGUCUACUUUCUACUUUUUCUCUACUGGAGUAGCCGUUUUAUCCGCCAUUGCUUAUUUCAUCCAAUCCUGGCGCUCUCUCUACAUUGCUUCUUCAAUCACAUCAGUUGUAUAUGUUAUAUUCGUAUUACCUUUCCUCCACGAGUCACCUAGAUGGUGCCUCGUUAGAGGAAAAGUAGACGAAGCAAUGAAAAUUAUGCAGAAAAUCGCUGUUUCUAAUGGCAAACAAAGCAUUCCUAAUGGUGUCGUACUUGCACUAGAUAGUGAAGAUAUUCCUAAUUCACAAUUUGAUGCGAAAGAAGCGUUAAACGGAUCGAUUUUAGAUGUACUAAGAUCUCCUAUUACACGGAUUCGGUUUUUCUUAGCUGUGUCUACUGACUUCUUUUGUUCCAUUGUGUAUUACGGGUUGAGUUUGAACGCGGUCAAUCUGGGAACUAAUUUAUACCUAAACGUUGCUCUUAACGCGAUAUCUGAAAUGCCUGCCUAUUUAUUAACAUCGUUAGUAUUGAACAGGUUUGGUCGAAAGGGGUUAUACAUAGGGACAACGUGGUUCAGCGGAGUAUUCUGCUUAAUCGGAAGCUUGUUGAAUAAUGCUGACGUGACAUGGAGAGUGAUUCGGAUGGUUUGUGGAUUACUAGGGAUAUUUGGAAUCGCUGGUACUUUCAAUUUAUCGCUUGUGUAUUUCAUGGAGUUGUUUCCAACUGAGGUGAGAAAUGUAGCAUUGGGAGGUGCUACGCAAGCUGUGCAUUUGGGGGCGAUUUUGGCACCGUUUGUGGUGGUUUUAGGGGGGAAUGUGCCGUUUGCUUUGUUUGGGGCAUGUGGUAUUAUUGGAGGAUUUUUGGUAAUGUAUUUACCAGAGACGUUAAACAAGCCAUUUUAUGAUACAAUGGAUGGAUUGCGAGAAGGUGAAGCAAAAUCUGGGGUGGUAGCUUAAAUGGUUCCAUGUCUCUUUGCUUGCAUAGGUUUGGAUUAGAUGAAUAAAAUCAGCUUUUAAGCAUUUGUACAAGUGUUUGGAGCUGAACUUUUA